CCUCAUGCCUACGUAGACAUUGUGCCGCCGUGCGAGAGCUUGCCAAGCGGCUCUGGCUAAGACAUCGCUGUCACCCAGCAGCUCCGAACAGUGCGCCGCUCCAGCAAAGCGCUGCAUUGCAUCCGAGCAUCACUGUGAAGCACUCAACGCAGCAAGCAGCCACCAUGAGCAACACGGCAACGGAAGUAGUGGCCACGACGGCCUACGGCGGCAACGAGAAGAAGCGGAAGGCUGGAGAAAUCGAACCCGUCGAGGUCGUCGGGCCCUACGGCCUCAUUACCUCAACCGCACACGGCUGCGCGCCGGACGUCUUGAGGCAAGCUAGAGUAGAUCUGGCGGCGUGCUAUCGAAUUUUAGAUAGGAUGAAUUUAAACGAAGGUAUUGAUAAUCAUCUAACGGUCAUGGUCCCGGGCACGCAACCGCUGAGAUUUUUGUGCAUCGCGUACGGAUUAGCGUGGUCCGAGGUCACAGCCUCCAACCUGCUCUUGCUGGAUGAGACGGGCAAGGUCCUGGAAGGUAGUGGAGCCCCGGACCCGACGGCCUUCUUCAUCCACUCUCGGAUACAUAAGAAACACCCGCAUGCGGUCUGUGUGCUCCAUACGCACAUGCCACACGCGACGGCGCUGUGUUGCCUCGAGGACAUGGAACUGAAGAUGAUCAACCAGAACUGUUUGCGGUUCUACGACGAAGUGGCAUACGACACGGACUACAAAGGUUUAGUGCUGGGGACGGUCGAAGGCGAUCGAAUGGCACAAGCGAUGGGUUCGAACAGGGUGCUGAUGCACCGGAACCACGGCGUCAUCACCUGCGGUGAUUCGGUGGCCGAGGCUUUCGAUGAAUUGUACUAUUUGGAGCGGUGCGCGCACGUCCAAUGUCUAGCGUACGCUACGAACAGGCCUCUAGCGACCGUAUCAGACGAGAUCUGCGUGGAGUACAAGAAGGACGUUGUCAAAUUUAGAGGGUGCUGGGCCGAGAAGCACUUCGCCGCGCGGAAGCGGGAACUGCUCAAGGGCGGCGCCGCGGACUUCGCGGCAUAGUCCUCCCGUCAGUCGUCGUGUCAAUAUUUGUAAGCUCGUUUCCCGUCGUGUGUGUUUUCGGGGGGUUGACGCACACACAACUUAAGCUAGCUACC